AUGCGGUUCACCAUUCUCUUGGCCCUGGUUGGGCUCGCCGCUGCUGCCGUUCAUCAGCAUCCACUAAUGUGGCGAAAGUCGAGGAAGAUCCAAAUGAUUGAGCGAGGAGAAUAUGCAGCUUACGUCGAGUACCGCAACUCUCUACGGGCUACGAAUCUCGCCAGUCUAGGACAAUCGUUUGGUGGAUCUAACGAGCAACAGCUAGUCGUGCCAAAAACCACAUUUGGACUGGCUACCCACAUCUCCUCUGACUUCAAGAACGACCCAACUGACGGUAUCCUUGGACUCGCUUUCACGACACUUGCUGUCGACAAUGUUGUGCCUCCGCUCAUCAACGCCAUUAAUCAGAAUCUGCUCGACCAGCCGCUGUUCACCGUGUGGAUGGAGCACCGUGGUAAACUCGAAGGAGCUCCAGGAGGAAUUUUCACAUAUGGAGCGAUUGAUACCACGAAUUGUGGACCAAUCACCGCCUAUCAACCACUUUCCUCUGCCACAUACUUCCAAUUUAAGAUGGCCGCCAUUGGUAUGGGAUCCUACAAGAGCAGCAAAGUCUACGAGGUGAUCUCUGACACCGGUACCUCCUUCAUCGGCGGUCCCAAAGCGGUCACUGAUGCCUUGGCUGCGGCCGCUGGAGCUAAGUACAGCAUUCUGGAGGAGUCCUACACCAUCCCCUGCAACGCCAACCCACCCACCCUCGAUGUCACCAUCGGCAGCAAUGUGUACUCCAUCGACCCUGUCAACUACAUAGUUAGCGCAGGACUUGGCAGGUGUCUCUUUGCGAUCUUCCCCUUCGAAUUCGGUGGUUUCGGCCCAUCAUGGAUUCUUGGCGAUCCAUUCAUUCGCCAGUUCUGCAACAUCUACGACAUCGGACAAAAACGAAUGGGAUUCGCCCCAUCGAUCCAGAACUAG